UGCUGACCUCCUUCUUCCACUGAGCAUAAAAACACAUCUAAGAAGAUUCACAAGAGCGAACUCGGGUCUGUGCGGGUCAUUGUAUGAAAGAAUUUUGACAAAUAACCCGAGGCACCCUCUGCUGGCAGACCUUCUAGGUUUUGCAACCAAGACUUCACUGCACAGACAUUUAUUGUGGAAUUAGAGUACCCAUCACGAGCCAUGACGACCAAGAUAGCAUCGCUGGUUGGCAAAAGGAUCUUAGGCGAAACGGCCAGAAACCACUUCGGUCAAGAGGAUCCAUACUUUGAAGAGGUCCCUGCCUCACGCCUAGGACGAGCCUUCGGCAAAAAGACGCAGAAGAGGCGCAAAGCCGUACCGCCAGGAUUAUCAGACCAUGACCAGAAAGUCCUGACGCAAGUCAAAAGAAGAGCAUAUCGACUAGACUAUAGUCUUUUCAAUUUGUGCGGGAUAAGGUUUGGAUGGGGAAGUGUGAUUGGGCUAAUUCCUUUUGCCGGAGAUGCUGCCGAUGCAGCACUCGCCUUGAUGGUCGUUCGCACCUGCGAGGGCAUCGAUGGAGGUCUUCCUGCAAGCCUGCGCAUGAUGAUGAUGAUCAAUGUGGUGAUCGAUUUCUUCAUAGGACUUGUGCCUUUUGUGGGUGACAUUGCAGAUGCCGUCUAUAAGUGCAACACAAGAAAUGCCGUGCUUCUUGAGAAGCAUCUGCGAGAGAAAGGGGCCAAGGCGCUCUCAAAGCAUGGCGGAAGACACGAUGCACCCGAAGACACCAGUCUCCCCGAAGAAUUCGACCGAUACGACAAGGGCGCCAUAGAAGAACCGAGGAGACAUAGGAGCAGGAAGCGCUCCAGGACUGAUGGCCCUGCGGUGCCCGAACCAGCACGACAUCCACGAAGGAAUCGGUCGCAGAGAAGAUGGUUUGGCGGUGCAGCCCUCGGGGAUGACGAUCUCGAAAGCGGAGUCGUCGAAAACUCGCGAUCCGCUAGGCGCUGA